AGAGCUGCCUGAACCUGGAGCUUCCUUCACCCCUCCACCUCUGCCACGCCCAGGUCCAGGUGGGGGAGCACCAGGAGACCGUGUUCCUGCUCAGUGGGAAUGACCCUGCUAUCCAUCUUUACAGGGAGAAUUCCUCGUCUCACCAGUUUGAGGAGCAGCCGAUCCAGUUGCUCUUCCCGGAGCUCCAGCACGUCCCCAGCAAUGUUUUGUGGCUGGAUGUCCAACCCCUGCCCGGUUCCCGUCACCGCCUCUCGGCCCUCGGCUGCCACAGCGGCUUCGUGCGCGUCGCCCGCGUCCAGGAGGACUCCAGAGCCAUCCUGCAGAGCUGGAGCCUCCAGCAGGACGGGCCCAUCUCGUCCGUGCUGCUUUUCCCGCUGCCCCCGGAGCCUGAAAGUGGUCCUGAGGGUUCCUGGAGCCUCCUGGUGAGCAGCGCCCUCGAGGCCGCCGUCGUCUACAGCCGCGGCUCCGACAGCGUCGUUUGCGCCCGCGUGGCCGACGUCGACCUGGACGGGACCCCCGAGAUCCUGCUGGGAACCUACGGACAGGAGCUGCUGUGCUACAAAUACUCGGGGGGGGAGGGGCGGGAGUUCCUCCCCCUCUGGUCCCGCCGCUUCCCCUCCCCCCUCCUGGCCCUGCGGCCCCUCGACCUCACCGGGGACGGGCUGAGCGAGCUCGCCGUCGUCUGCCUCAGGGGGCUGCACAUCCUGCAGCACAGCCUGGAGCCGACGGCGCGGCUGCUCCUGGAGCGGCUCCGGAGGGAGGUGAAGAGGAGGAAGGAGCUGGGGGAGGAAAAGGAAAAGGAAAAAAAGGAAGAGGAAAAAAAGGAAGAGAAAAAGGAAAAAGAAAAGGAAAAAAAAGAAAAGGAAAAGGAGAAAAAGGAAGAGGAAAAAAAGGAAAAAGAAAAGGAAAAAAAGGAAGAGGAAAAAAAGGAAAAGGAAGAGGAAAAGGAAAAGGAAAAA